AUGAAGACACUGUGCACGGCGCUUGCUUUGAUCGUCGUCAUAACGGCACUGCUGGCAGAGGUCACUGUUUCAUUUGAGGAGCAGCGCCCAGUGUGGCCCCCUUUUUUUCGACCUCGACCUCCUGGAGCCGUGGGUGAGCCGUGCUCCAUCGGCUCCGAUUGCAAGCGUGGCACGUGCUGUUUGCGAUCAAGUUUCAAUCAUUCGCAGACCUGCCAAAAUUUAGGGCUAUACGGUCAAGAGUGUUCGGAUAGCCCAAUAAAGGGUCAAGUUUUCGAUGACCACUGUCCGUGCGAGCAAGAUCUGCAAUUUCGGGAACUUGUAGAGAACGUACAUAUAUGUGUGUCAAGAAAGUGA